AUGUCGUUUGGUAGCUUCUCCGUCAAUACACCUCUCAAUUGGCAGGAUCCUCAGACAUCGGGAACACCUAUCUCUUCCGAGCACGGACACGGACACAGUACACCAUCGUAUGUGCCGUAUGCUCAGCCCGCAGAGCUUCAGUACUCUUGGCAGCAGCCUCAGGCCUUCGCCGCCGAAGGCCCGGGUUCUUCAUCCGGAACCUUCGUCCCUGUCGGUUGGGGCUCAUACUCGCACCCGAUACCCGAGAUCGCCAAUACCGACGGUGGAAAGCCAGCUGUGUCGUAUAUCGAUAAGAUCUGUAAAGACCUAAAGCAUCAAGGGAUCACACUGGGACAGUUUCUUGUCGACAUCUUCGCGACGAAGCUUGAGGAGGGUACCACUCACGAGAGGAUGUUGCUGGCCUUCUUGAGUGGCACCAGCAAGAUAAGAGCAGUACACGUUGCUGAGGCAAUGUAUGCUCAUUCGUACGGCCGGCCAAAGACAUCUCAUACACAGCACUCGUUAUACUUCUCUGCCAACACAGAACCAACAGAGAUCGCCUACUGCAGACCUGCGCUUGAUACAUGGGCCCUUCACCGGACUCUCUCAAAACUGUCCUCUGAGUCGAAGAAACUGUGCAAUGGUGAGAAACAUUCAUGGCUACGUGUGCGUGCAUCUCGCCGCGAUACCAAUGACAAGGCCCAGAAUGGUGCACCCUCCUCGACGCAUGCAGCUCCUGCAACAGCACUCGGGCAAAUCCCUUUGGCAUCGGAUUCGCCACAGAAGCGCAAACCAGGGCGACCUCAGGGCUCAACUUCCAAGGAUCCCGAGGCUAGUUGGGACAUCAUCGACAACUUCAGCGCCGAUAAGCUGGCAAGCUACUAUCUCGAACAUGUGCCCGUAUGCACGGCUGUUCUUCGUGCCAUUGGUGGAGAUGCCGAACAUGAUGACGGAGAGGGAGAGGUAUACAGGCCGUCCAGAAUUGUUCAGACGAGCGCAUUCAGCGAACUGUUAUAUGGCCGUAAUCAGUCUGUCAACCUGUGGCCAUUUGUUGAGAGCAUCACGCUCUUUGCAUCCAAGGCACACCAAAGCACGUAUCGUAUCGGUAGCCGUCGCGGGCACUGUACCCCGUACACGACGACGGUCAAUGCGUUGGCUAUCAUGGGCGAGCGAACAACGGGUGCAGUCGCCGCAACAUACGGCAGCUUAUCUUCACAGGACACCAAGGCCAUCGAUAUUGUCAUGGACAAUGUACAGCAACGCCAGCAACGCCACGACGUCCGCAUCGGUACCCGGGAUGAUAUGGUAACAGGAAGUGCGGGAACAGGAACUGUGCUCGAGGGACUGCAGCCUGGCGAUCUCAGCCUGACGGAGAUUCUGAAAAGCAAAGCAGCGGCGAAAGAUCGGCGCAUGGCCCUCAAUGCUGAUGAGGUGUACGACAACUUUUUGGACGAAGGCCACGAUAUGGCGGUCAAGGUCACACAGUUCAUCGAUGCGCUCGUCUCUUUCAUCCCGCAGCUCUCAGAUAUGAGCGACGAUGUCGAGGCUCUACAAAAGAAGCUCGGGAAGCACCAGAUCGACCCAUACCGACUGACCGAGGUGCACCCGCUCGGCACCAACGGCGCCAACGAAGUCUCCACGCAGGGUCUGAAUGAUGCCUCGACGGACUUUGCGGAGCAGAUUGGCCUAACGAAUGAGGAUAAGCUACGUGACCGGGCGGUCUUUUGGCAUGGGGAUGGGAAGACAUACAAUGGCUGGCUCACACUCAAGCGCAAUCUCGCCGGCCUGAAGAACAUGCUUGUCUCCUUUCGCUACGCCGUACCCGUCCUCGCGCCCUGGCAUCUGAAAUGGACCGGUCUGGGUCGUAUCAUCAACUGCUUUUGGGGCGAUAGGGAGUAUGGGAAGACUGACCCGUCGACACUCGCCGGAAUGGCACGCGCACUCAACAUCCCACCACCUUCGGACUGGGCACAUCCACACUUCUACAAGUACGCGCACUUGGUAGAGGUAGUGGCAACUGGCCACAUGUUGCAUUGCUGGGAGACUCACUUUGGCUGCGACAACCUUGAAUCGUACUUCAAGAACAUCGUCGAGACCCGUGGCAAGACAGCACUGCCCUCAUUUGCGGAGUUGGUGGAGAUUGCAAAGCUCCUUGUCAAGCGCUUCGCGAGCACGCGUGCAUUCGAGCAGGCUGUGGGCCCUCACCCGAUGGACGAUGUUAUCUCUGGUGACGAGAGUGUGAGCGAGUCGGCACCAAUCGGCGAGAAGUGGAACCUACCAGCAAUACCGUGCGCAGAAGAGAAGCCCCGCGAGUACGAGCAUAAGGACGCCGACUGGGUACUGGGAAACUCCAUCCUAUUGCUGCGUGACGCCCUCGAGUUCCUCGAGACUUGCACUGCGACCGCGCGUGGGGACCCAGAACGCGCAUGGGAGACAUAUAAGGCUUGUGGCGAGCAUCACAACUAUGCGACAUACCUGAUUGAGAUGCUCUGCCUCAUCGAACUCGAACUCCGCGCGCGAGCCCGCAUGGCCUUGAUGGACAACUGGUUAGUAAAUCUCAAGGGUCAGCCAGGGCACUUCCAAGAGCGCGAUCUCAUGCAAGAGCAUUUCAACUUCUGGCUCGAGGAGCUCUCGCAACACAAGGGAAAGCAGUUUGACGACCAUUGGUUCCGUCGGACCAUCUCGCCACACGUCCACCGCUUCCUCCGCAUCAAGGACCAGAUGGAGGCGAGUGUCGCAUUGAAGCCGCGGCGCAAGGAGCACACCGAGCCACCGAAGACGAAUGAAAUACGCGAGGCGAUGCGGCUAUGCCGCCAAGCGGACUUGCACCGGCGACACGAUGGCCGAUUGUGUGGCUCGAAGGCGGAAGAUCACUUUGCAAAGGGCUAUAAGAAGCUCGCAUUCGAAGGAAAACUAGAGAAGUACAUAGAGAAGUCUCUCGCUGUUUGGCGUAGCGAGAAUGUCGAGCGGGAGAUGCCAGAGGGGGUACGGGACCUAUCUGUGUACUUACACGAGCCGAUACACCACGAUCCGGACACCGGCCGGCUUGUCAUAUAA